CUUCAAUGUCUAUAAAAACACCAUGUGUGCUUCCUUCAGGAACCAUCAUAAGGCAAAUUGGACCAUCGGUAUCAGCGCAAAGUGUGUCUGUUGGGCUAUUGCCUCGAUCAACUUCAUCAACGCCAGCCACUUUUCACUAUACCGCUGCAGUUUCUAACAAGCAAAUGUCGCCCGCUGCAGAAGUUUCAUUUCUUUCUUCCGCCAUGCCUUCUAUACAAAUUUUCUCUUCGGAAACCGAGAUUCGGACCAUACCACCAGCAGCGCCUACACAAGAAACACCGAUAUUGGCUUCGAAGGGUGCGGCACCAGAAACCAUUGCAGCUUUAAAUUAUCCUGAUUAUUUAAUGCCGCCAUUGGCGACGUCUAGCAGAGCUGCAUCCGAUGAGUCUACGGUGAAAAAAAAUUCAUUAACAGAAACAGUAAAAUUACCUCUUGUUACUGGGUCGCCAUCGGUCUUGAAAACUGCGUUUCCUUCGUCGAAAACAGCCACGGUAAAAACAACCACAUUGCCCAUUGUUUCGCCGACCCAGCAUGAUUCCGUUGAUAUGGUUGAUCGAACAAAUUCUAAUGAUGAACCGAUAGAAUAUGAUGAUACAGUGGAGCACAGCAACAUAACAGAAAAAGUUGGUGAAAAUCAGAAGCAGUGCGAACGAGUACACACAUGCUGUUCCUUGUGUCGUGCGAAUCGUAAAAAAACAGAAACAAGAAAUUCACAAAUGUUUGUAAUGAUUAGCGAUAUGUUCAAUAUCUUAAAACCUAUGGCAAAUGCACGGCUUAACGCGCUUUCGCUUGACAUAGAAAAAAUCAAAAGUAUUGAUGAAUUAGCUGAGUUGGAUAGCAAAUUAAAUGACAAGCAUUUUUUCUAUGCAACAACUCAGCGCAUAGAUGCUGAUAUAAAUGCUGAAGAUGCAAAUAGUAGGAUACAUCAAGCUCUUGAUAGACUUUACGACAGAAAUUUUUUUGUUACAUGCAGUUGGUCGGGAAGAGGUAACCCAGAACCGAAACACAAAUUUAGUGAAUUUAAAAAUGUGUUACGGCUUUUUCAAUCAAUAGCAACAAAUCACUUUGGCAUAGAGGUCGAUUAUGCUUAUGUUGAGACCUACAUUCAAGGUAAAUUGAAACAUGCACCGGCAAGAACGAACUUAAAUGAAUUUAAAACAACUGCAACGAAACGCAAGCGAAAUUAACCAUUAACCGAAAUUAACAUUAAAUUGAAGUCAACUGAACGGACUGUGAUGUACAUACAAAUAUUAUCUUCCAAGUCAUUAAAGCUAAAUUUUAGACAAUAGAGAAUAAGAACAAGAAGAUGAAGUCAACUGAACGAACUGUGAUGUAUAUACAAAUAUUAUCAUUUAAUCUAUUUAAGCUAAAUAUUAGACAAUAGAGAAUUAGUACAAUAAGAUGAAGUAAACUGAACGAACUGUGAUGUAUAUACAAAUUUUAGCCUUUGAACUAUGUUAGCGAAAUCUUAAAAAAGGCUGUAUAUUUAACAUUUCUCUAAACAAUAAUGAUUUAUUUUCCAAUAGGCUAAGAAAAGUUAAAUAGCCGUAGAAAGACUGAAUAUUAAUGAUGGAAACUGCGAUAUUUGUAAAAGCUAUGAGCUAUGAUUAAAUGAAUUACUAUUUUAUUAUAUAAGUGAAUUCAACGGAUACGGGUAACAUAUAGAAAUAAAAUUAUCAAACAAACCAAAAUCUGUUUAAUUUUUCAUAUCAUAAUGCGUGUAAGCUUUUGGGUUCGAGCUUAACUUUAUUACUUUAUUAUUGCUUUAUGCUUUAUUGAUCCGAACUGGCCAAUGGUUGCGAGAGAAGUGGCCGAGCGAUCGGCCCAUCCGAUCGCUGCUUCCUCAUUCGUCCUGCACUAAACUAAUCUAAUUCUAAUUUAAUAUACAUACAAAUACGCUCUGUCUAUUUACUCUAUACCACAAGGUGAUAUCCACUUUAGGUGGUGUAUAUGAGAGUGGCAUUGAGAUUGCGGCAUCUGAUCA